UUCGUUUCGCAACCCCCCUGCGAAUUUCGCCUCUCUGACCAAGAUUCAAAGUCUUGAUUGUUCUUGGGUCACGCGCUACCCGGAAAACCGGCUCCAGGCAUAAUUCUCUGCGAAUUACCUGCCGUUUCCCUCCGAAAGAGCUUCCCUUCUUCAGCACGCAAUCGCCCGCGAUGGCGAUAUCCGACGCCGACGGCACGCCGUCUGGCGGCACGGCACGGCAGGAUGCCUCGCCGGCUGCUGGCGGAAAAUCAAACGCGCGGAAGGCAGGAGUGGCGAAGGGCCAGCGGAAGCCGCCACACCGUCGCGAGAGGUACUUCGGCGACGGGAGCGCGGCUGCGGAAGCGAAGAAAGGCACGAGGGGGAAGGCGGGGAGUGCUGCGCAAGAAUCAAAACUUGACGCGGAGGGUUUCGGGGGCGCGGCGGAGGGUUUCGGGGGCAUGGGGGAGGGUUUAACGCUGGCGGAGGAUUUAGGGCUGGCGAGGAGAGAACCGGGCGGGGGGGAGGCGGAAGCGGAUUGGAGCGCGUGGGGGGAGGUUUCCCCGGAUGGGGGGAGGGGGACGAAGGGGGAGGAGCGGAGGGAGGAAGGGGAGGUGGCGGAUGAGGAGGAGGAGGACUCGGACGGCGUGGACAGGGAGACGAAGGCGAUGAUGAGCAAGUACAGCCGCGGCAAGGCGCUCAACACCGCUAAAUUUCCGGGCAGAUUGAAAGCAAAGAUGGAGCAUCGGGAGAAGGUGAUUGGCCAAGGAGUCCUGACCGCUGCCCAGGCAGAGAAGUGGCUGCUACCAUCGGAGGCGGGGUACGUGGAGGCGGAGGGCGUGGAGCGCACAGGCAACUUCUCCCAGGCGGACAUCGUGCAGCACGUGGGGGCGAGCAGCAGGCGAGCAGCUUUUGACCUCAAGCUUACAGAGCUGGGUCCCUACAAGGCGGCGUAUUCCCUCAAUGGCCGCAGUCUGCUGCUGGGGGGGCGCAAGGGGCACUUGGCGGUGGUGGACUGGCGGAGGUGCAACGUCACCACGGAGAUUCAGGUGCGGGAGACGGUGCACGAUGUGUGCUUCCUCCACAACGAGCUCUUCUUUGCCGUAGCGCAGAAGAGGUACACCUUCAUUUACGACAAGAGGGGCAUCGAGCUGCACUGCCUCAAGAACAUCACGGGCAGCGGUGCCCUGCGCCUGCAGUUUCUGCCGCACCACUUCCUGCUGGCCUCUAUUUCAAAGGGCGGCGUGCUCGACUACGUGGACACGAGCACAGGCAGCCACGUGGCGCACCACAAGACGCGCAAGGGGCGCUGCGACGCCAUCACGGCCGACCCACGCUCGGGCGUGGUGUCCCUGGGCCACAGCAACGGCACCGUCACCCUCUGGAGCCCCUCCAUGGGCACGCCGCUGGCCACGCUGCUGGCGCACCACGCGCCCAUCACCGCCAUUGCCAACGAUGUGUCGUCGGGGAAUUACCUGGUGACUGCGGGGAUGGAGGGGCGCGUGCGCGUGUGGGACGUGAGGAAGAUGCGCGAGGUGCACUCGUACAUCUCGCCCACACCAGCUCGGACCAUCGCGUUGAGUCAGUGCGAAAUGCUGGCGGUGGGGUUUGGAUCCGCAGUGGAAGUGUGGAAGGAAGCGCUUACUUCGAAGCAGCACUCGCCGUACCUGAAGCUGCGGAUUCAGUCGAGCGGGGCCAACAGGAACACCAGGAGCGGAGGGGGAGGGGGCGCAGCAGCCACGUUCGCCGGAGCCACGGCAGCAGCAGCUGUGGAGCGACUGGCCUUCUGCCCGUACGAGGACGUGCUGGGCGCCGGGCACGCCGAGGGCUUCACUUCCCUCCUCGUGCCCGGGGCGGGCGAGCCCAACUUUGACUCGCUGGUGGCAAACCCGUUUGAGACGGGCAAGCAGCGGCGCGAGGCGGAGAUCCACAUGCUGCUGGACAAGCUGCUGCCCGAGUCGAUUAUGAGGGAGCCCGACCGCAUCGGCACGCUGCUGCGCCCGCACGAGCGCCAGAGGAACCUCACCCAGACGCUGGUCUCCAAGGCUAACGCUGCGGCUCGGGCAAAGAGGGUUGGGAAGAGACCCGGGGAGAAGAAGGGGGGGGAGAAGGAGGGUGGGGAAGGUGGUGGUGGUGGGGGGGGAGGGGGAGUGGAGGGGGAUGAGGAGGAUGAGGAGGAGGGGGAGGAGGAAGGGGGGGAUGGGGUGAAGCGGCCGCGGGAAAAGAACAAGACCAAGGGGCGCAACAAGCCAUCGAAGCGUGCCAAGAGGAGGAAGAUUAACAUCAUCGAGACCAAGAGGGAGGCGGCGAGGAAGGAUGUCAGGGCGAAGGAGGGAGGCGGAGGGAGAGGAGGGGCGAGCGGGGGAGCGGGAGGGGGUGGGGAGGGAGGGGAUUCUGGAGUGCCGCUCGCUCUGGCUCGGUUUCAAAGGAAAGGAGCACAGUGAGAGAAGGGGGGGGGGGGGACAUAACGAGAGGAACAGGAAAAUGGCAGAGCUGUAGGCGUGCUGCUGGCCUAAGGUGGGAUCCUCCAGUAGCCGCAGGAGAUGCAUCUUUGUGGCAGUGAGAAAGACUGGGAAAAAAUCAUUGGUAUACUUCUACACAAGUCUGUUUGUGCAUGUGGGAGCAAAUCAGCUGCUGCCAGACCAGAGCAAACGAUGGAUGAAAUCAGAGGAUAGCUUCCAGCAUCGGCUCCCGCCUAGAAAAUGUUGGUGACCCUUACUCAAGCUGAGCUCAUACAUAUCCACGAUUUAGGAGCAGAUGUGAGAAGUGCAAAGCUUGUACCAUUCACGUCCCGAUAUUAGGAUCGUGCGUUCAUUAUCGACUCGAGACCACAAUGGUGUCAACUUAUACAUAUGAUGUUAUGUAGAAGUUUUAGGCUAGAUAUGUUCUUAGUGGAUACAACUCCAACAC